CCCCCCCCCAUUCCCCCAUUCCCCCACUCCUGCUCCCGGUCGCCGGAGGAUGGGCGAGCACCAUCCCUCGCAAGGCGGUCUGCACCGGCCGAGCACCGCAAGCAACACCACCGACAGCUACUAUGAAGACUAUCAGGAGCUGAUCUAUGGCGAUGCGACGUGGCAAUCGCCGCCGCACUCGCCGAGCGCGAUGCAAAAUUUGGAAAGCAUCUCCCUCGGUGUCUUUCCCCCGGCACCCGGCGCUCGGGCGUCUGCGGAGGCAGCGCCGCCGGUGGCGGAAUUCGAGCCCGCCCCCGGGACUGCCCCCUCUAGCAGGGCCACCGCCAAUGCCGGACGCGGGCCUCUGCCCGACAACAUGAAUGAAGUGGGUUUCUUUUACAGCCCGCCCGUGGCGCCAGCAGGUGGCUCGACCGGGGCCCGGCCGCCAGGGCCGGCCCCCGGCUCGAAGCCCCGGUCGCAGGUGCCGGACUCGCCGCUGGCCCCGCAGUUCGGCGGAACCCGCACCGUGGCCGGCGUGGCCCUCAACCUGGCCAACACCAUUGUCGGCAGUGGCGUGCUUGGCCUCCCGAAUGCCAUGCACCAGGCCGGCCUGGGGCUGGGCCUGGCCCUGCUGGUGGCGGUGGCCGGCCUGACCACAUACAGCUUGCGGAUGCUCCGCCGGGCUGGCGACCGGACCGGCUACUAUGACUUCUGCCAGACGGCCAUCGCCUGCGUGCUGGGCAUCCGCGCGGACCCGCCGACCUCGGCCGCGCCCCAGCGCCGGCGAUUUGCCGACCACCCGCUGGACGAUGAGGAUGACGAGGAUGCCCAUGCUCCGAACGAUCCGUCGGAGAAUUUGAUCGACAAGUCCGGGUCUCUAGACCGGGCGCCGGUGGAUUUGAACCCCGGCCGAUCGGGCCCCGAGGACCCUGCCGCUGCGGCCGCCACCGUGUCUCCGCCGGUUUCGGCCCCACGCAAGCGCCUCAUGCCCACCGGCUGGGCAAGUGCCUUUGCCUGGCUCAUUGACGCGGUGCUGGUGGCCAAUGCGGCCGGCGGGACCGUCACCUACCUGAUUAUCAUUGGCGAUACGCUUGGCGUUGUGCUGGCCGGCCUGGCCGGGGCGUACGACUCGGCCCCAUCAGCUGUGGGCGCCCUGGACGCGGUUCUGCCCUGGUGGGCCACCCGGGAAUUUGUCAUCAUCACUGUGGCCAUCUUCAUUAUCUUGCCCCUUUGCCUUGUGCGGGACCUCGGUCGAUUGGCCCCGCUUUCGGCCGUCGGGCUGACGUGCGUGCCGGUGGCCCUGGUUGUGGGGACACUGAGUGCCGCCCUCAAUCCCCGGUAUCGGCCGGUUGCCGGGUCUGUGAUGGCAGCCUCGGCGGCCGCCGGCCGGGACAUCCGUUGGAUUGGCCCACAGGCGCCGAAAGCCAUCGGCACCAUGGCCUUCGCAUUUGUUUGCACCCAGGCCGCCUUCCUCCACAUGAAGACCCUCAAAAACCCCACCCCCAGCGCUUGGGCUCGCGCCAGUGUUUUCGGGCUCGGGCUGUCCCUCGUGCUGAGUGCGGCCUUCGCGACCAUCGGCUAUGUUUCCUUCGGGGCCGACAUCCUGCCAAACUACCUCAACAACUUCCACCAUGAUGACAUCAUCAUCAAUGUGGCCCGCAUUGCGAUGGCCAUCUCCCUGGUCAGUACCUUCCCUUUCAUGUUUGCCGUCGCGCGGCUGGCAGUUCUCAGCCGCGUGAGCUCGGUCUUCGGGAUGGACCUCAUCGAUGUGCCGGUGCAGGCGCGGGCAAAGCCCCCGGCCCAGCAGCUCCCCCCGCUGAAGGGGGCCUCGCCCGGAGGGGGGCCCCCCGGCGCGUCCGCCUCAUCCGAGGCCGCCGGGCGCCCGGGCGCAAGCCCGGACAAGCGCAAGCCCUCCUUCGAUUUGGAGGCCGACGCGGCCCCGCGAUCCAGCACCUCCGCCAACAACAGUGACCACUCGUCCUCCGGCUCGGUGGAUAUACGCUCUCAGCCGGACACCCCGCCGGCGGGCCCGGCCGGGCCGGCUGAGCCGGCCGUGCUGGCGACUCCCGAGCCGGAUCUCGCCCGGUCGGAAACCGCGCGCCUCAUCCGCCGCGAGCGGGCCGUCUGGCUGACCGCCACCCUGGUGCUCUUUGCCUGUAUCCUGGCCGUCGGAUCGACGGUCAAGGAUUUGGGCAUCGUAUAUGCCCUUGUUGGUGGCCUCUGCUCCACCCUGCUGUCAUAUGUCUUCCCCGCGGUGAUGGCUCUAGCCGUGCGGAAACGCGUCCGGCCGCCGGCCACACCGGCCCACGCCAGCCCGGCCCUGGCAGACAGGCACCCGAGUGCGGCUUCCACGCCGGCCCCGGACGGCUACCUGGCCGGCCUGAGCCGGUGGCUGAAGUCCGAGCCGGAGCUCCUGGGCCCGGUCCUGGUCCUCGUGGUGGGCAUUAUCACCUGUGUCUUGAGUACCGGGCAAACGCUGUCUACCAUUGGGUAGGUGGGGCCCAUGCGCAAUACAUAGGCCAUCGGCGCCCCCCCCCCCCCCCAUCUCUGGAGCGUCCCCUGCUCCCGCCGGGGCACGAGUCAAGAGGUCUUGAAAAAUGAAAAAGAAACCACUGCAAGAGAA